AUGGAAAGCAAAACGAUUUGUAAUUAUCUAGAUUCUCUAUACCAAUGGGGGAUGCCAAACCAAACUUCUGUAAUAAAAACACAACAGUCUGUUAUUGAUGAUAUUUGCCCUUUAAAAAGCCCUGUAAAAGAUGAAGGGAAAAAUUUUGAUUUUUUUGUACCUUUUAUAAAAGAAAGAGAUGGGCUUGGGAGAUUAAUAACUUAUAAAGAUGAAAAUUUUAAAGAAAAACGGGCACAAAGCAGCUAUACACCUAGCAGAAAAGCUGUUAUUUUGCCUCCUAAAAGAAAACUUUUAAUGAAAAAAUUGAGAGAUGAAGAAAUUGCGAAAAACUCUCCGACUGUAGGAUCUUAUUGUACGCCAAUUAAUUGAAUAAAGCACUCAUACUCCACGAAAUCGUUGUUUUUUCCUAAAAGGCAUCCAAGCCGUGGGAGAAUAAACCAAAAUCCAAAUUUUUCACAAAAUACUUCAACUGAAGUCCAAAAAAAAUUGCUUGAAAACAGCAUGAGAUCCACAAAACAGUCUGCAGAAAGCACUAUUGAUAGGAAAGCGAAUAAAAUUAAAAUUGACCGGAAAAAAGGAAUUUGAGAAAGCUUGAAACUGCAAGGAUCGGCUGAGGAGUUCAGAGAGAAUUUAAAAUUAACAAAAGAAAAAAGUGAAAUUUUGCAGCAUCAGGAUAAUAUUAAGAGACUGCUCAAAAAUAUGAAGAAAAAAGAAAAAGUGGCAGAUAUAAGUGUAGUAUAA